GAAGUUGCUCCAUCCGAGCGGAAAAUGCGUCACUACAUACGCGUAAAAAUAACCAGGAAACCCGCACCCGGCGCUGGCAACACCGACGGAAAGCCGGGAACUGGGCUCGAGCUUCAGUCGGUCGCCGGAUCUCGAGCGGCGUAGUCACGCCGGAUCCCACCGCGCUCAAAUUCCGCCAAAAUCGAACACCGAAUCCAAUAAACUGACAUAAAAACAAAGGCCGUAUUCCUAAUUCGAAUUAGUUCGUUCUUUUUUCGUACAGUUCCCUUUUGCCGCGUGUGGACGUUUGGAAUUUAAAAAUGGAACUAGGUUAGGGAUGUGCAUAGGAUCGAGUGAAAACGCGUUAUUAAUAAAAGCCUGUUCACUUCAGAUCGACUCCAUGCUAUGUCCGUGCGCAAGACAGUGAGAGUGAAGUGCGUGUGAUGCGAGCCGGUUGACCUCUCUACCCUGACUCCUGCAACGGAACCCUGGCGAAGAAAACUGUCAGGAUGGCCGACCCUGACGCGUUCGAUGACGAGAAGCUGGUGGUGGGCAACGCCACGCAGCGCAACUGGCGCGGCAUCCUCAUCGCGCUGCUGGUGAUCGUGGCCGUCCUGGCGCUGAUCGUCACGUCCGUGGUGCUGCUCACACCGCCCGACGAGGGGCCCAGGGUCAAGGGCCGCCGGCUUCGCAUACAGGACCUGCUCAGCGACGAACUGGUGCCUGUUAGAUGGAACGGGACGUGGAUUUCUGGUGACGAGUUUGUUUACCGCGACGCGUGGGGCGGCAUCAGUCUCAUGUUCGCUGCGAACCAGUCGUCCAAGACCCUUAUGCCCAAUACCACAUACAGAGUACUGGAGCCAGCUUCGUUCUCGGUGUCCGCGGACCGGCGCUUCCUGCUGCUGGCGCAGAGUCUGCGGCGGCUUCACACGCACUCGUACCUCGCGCGCUACACCGUGUACGACAUACUGACCACCGAGUCGUAUCCCCUAACUCCGCUACCCGACGAGGUCGGCGGCGGCGUGGUGACCGAGGGCCCGGCGCUGCUGCUGGCCGCGUGGACUCCCAAAGGCCACGGGCUCAUCACGGUGAAGGAUUGCGACAUCUACUACCGGCCCGCGCCGCGUUCAUCCACCGGUUAUCGUGUUACGGAGACCGGCAAGCCUGGGACCAUUUAUAAUGGCGUGCCGGAUUGGCUGUAUGAAGAGGAGAUCCUAAAAACGCGGUCAGCGCUGUGGAUGUCCGCCGACGGGCACAUGGUGCUGUACGCCACCUUCAACGACACGCUCGUGCUCGAACAGAAGUUCCCGUGGUACGGGCCCUCGCUGGACACUGAUGACCCGGCGAAGACAUACCCGGAGAUCAGAAGCGUAAGGUACCCGAAGCCUGGCACGAUUAACCCCACGGUGCGGCUCACGGUUGCCGACAUAGCGGACCCGAAACACAUACGUACCAGGCACUUAACACCGCCGAAGAGUAUACUUGAAGAGGGCGACUAUUACUUCACAAGCGCGCAAUGGGUCUCCCUGACAGAAGUGUGCGUGGUGUGGCUCACGCGAACGCAGAACCUCUCCGUCGUGUCCGUCUGCAAGAGCCCCAUGUGGUACUGCCAAGAGCUAUACAGGAUAACGUCAGGAUUGGACAGCUGGGUGGAGUCGGCCCCGGCGCCGCUCUGGUCGGCCGGCGGCGGGGCGCUCGUGACGCUGGCCCCCAUCCGGGACGGCCCCGCCGGCCUGUUUCGCCACAUCGUCCGGGCCGAGCACAACGCGCACGGCCCGAGGGCGUUGCCGCUCACGCACGGCAGCUUCGAUGUUGUCAACCUGUUGGCGUGGGAUCAUGCUAAUCAACACAUAUAUUACCUGGGUAUACCAGAAGGUAAGCCGGGGCAGCAGCACCUGUACAUGGUGUCGUCCGAGGCGCCCCGGCCCGGAUCGCCGCAGAAGCUGCCUUACUGCGUCACGUGUAAUACACAGCCUUCCCCGUCAAUCAACCUAGAGUACUACGGCAACCUGGCGUCCUCGGGCGACAGCUGGGACAGCGACUGGGACGAGGAGCUGUCCGCCACCUCGCCCUCGCCCAACGCCAAGAAAAAGAAGAAAAAACGACCUGAUCACAUGCAAAAAAACCUUCCGUGCCUGUACCACGAGGCGCACUUCAGCCCGUCGUCGGCGUACUUCGUGCUGGAGUGCCUGGGCCCCGGCGUGCCCACCACCAGCCUGUACCGCACGCUGCUGCCCGAGCCCAGGAUGCUAGUGCACUUGGAGAACAAUACUGAUGUCAAGGAGCGGUUAUCGUCUAUAGCAGUCCCGACGCCGCGCACGUUCUCUGUGCAGCUGUCGAGCGGGCACACGGCGCGGGUGCGGCUGCUGCUGCCGCCCGGGCUGCGGGAGGACGAGGUCACCAAGUACCCGCUCGUCAUGAAGGUGCACGGAGCGCCAGGCACGCAGCUGGUGACGGAGCGCUGGGCGCUGGACUGGGGCUCGCUGGCGGCGGGCGCGGGCGCCGUGCUGGCGGCGGUCGACGCGCGCGGCGCCGGCGGCCGCGGGCUCGGCGCGCACCACGCGCUGCACCGCCGGCUCGGCACCGUCGAGCUGCAGGACCAGCUCGAGGUGGCGGAGUACCUCCGUGACUCGCUGCACUUCAUCGACUCGCGUCGCGUGGCGGUGUGGGGGCGCGCGCACGGCGGCUUCCUGGCGGCACUGGCGCUGGCCAGCCCGCUGGACGUGUUCCACUGCGGCAUCGCCAUCACGCCCAUCGUGCGCUGGAGAUACUAUGCAUCUGCGUACGCGGAGCGGUACAUGGGCUUCCCCAACGCGACGGGCAACUACCGCGGCUACGCUGACGCCGACGUGACGAAGCAGGCCGCCGCGCUGCAUGAUAAGAUGCUGCUCCUUGUGCACGGCACUGCUGACGACAACGUGCACGUACAGCAGACCAUGGCGCUGGCGCGGUCGCUGGCCGACCAGGGCAGCAUGUUCAGACAGCAGGUGAGACCCCAGGAUAAGAUGCUGCUCCUGGUGUACGGCACGGCUGACGACAACGUGCACGUGCAGCAGACCAUGGCGCUGGCGCGGUCGCUGGCCGACCAGGGCAGCAUGUUCAGACAGCAGAUCUACCCGGAUGAGGGCCACAGCCUAUCCGGCGUGCGGCGUCACCUGUACCGCACCAUGUCGGCGUUCCUCGACGACUGCUUCCGCAAGCAGGUGCCGCCGGAGACCAAGGCGGGGCUGCGGAACGGCGGCAACCUCGACUGAGACACGUGGCGGGACGAAGAGUUGUACUCGCGGUAAUGAACGGAGUGGUCGGCACAUUGUAGCAACCUUAUCCUAUUAACCUGUAGUACAACAAUUCCAUAUCCUGACCCCAACAUGUCUACUGCCAAAGAGUGGACAGCUUGGAACACAUAAUCAUGUAUGUGAUAACACAUUAGUAUUAAAGACAUUUUUAUCGUGUCAAUAAAGUGCGACAGCUAUAAAAUUAGACAAUUGACUAUCGUGAUUCGGUUAUGAUUUUAUUUUGUGUUAAAAAGUGAACAGCCUAUGGCUGUUGCGUGAAGAAACGUGACGCGUUCAUUCGGUUGUGUGUUCGGGUAGUGCAUUAGUUGAGUGUUCAGCGGACCAGCGAUUGGUCGAAGCACAAUGCCUCCUCAUUGAUAGAGGGUGUUCGUAAAUAAAUUGUUUUAAUUUUGAAAAUUUAACAAUACUUACCCUAAUAGCAUUUUCUUG